AUGGAGUCUUUGUACGAUCAGCGUGGACGAAAUCACGCUGGCCAGAAGACGCGUGAGCAGGGGAGAGGCCACGCGACAGCCAAAUCGUCAGGCACAGAGAGGAAGCGCAAGGCAUCCUGCAGUGCGUCUGCGGGCAGCGCUAACAAAGGGGCGAAGAAGCAUCAGUUGCUGCAGCAGCUGCCCAGGGAGGCCGCUGUGUGCAACCAGCAGCACAGUCGUGAACACCCCGACCCCGAGGAGUUCGCUAGUGUUUGCGCACGCUGCAGAUGGACACUCCAUCGCAAGACUUGGCAACAGCACUACGGUUCUGUAGCCCUUGGGGGAAAGCGCACGGUCUGGUUGGCAGAGGUUCCCCAGCGCUUGGCUGCCCUGGGAGGAACCUGGGGCAUAGGCUGCGACCUAUGUGCCAGCCUGCAGGCAUGGCUCACUGCGAUGGAGCGCGGCGACCGCAAAAGGGGGCAAGGGAGACUGGACACGAAAUGGGGGAGGGCCCAUGCCAAGAGCGACGUGCACCGCACGGCUUUGUGGGCAUUCCUGCACCCUGGGCGACCGCUGACAGCUGCAGCUCCGAGCCUCACUGAACGUUACUCGCCUUGUGGAUUAGCAGGGGAAGCUUUCCGGGGAGCUGUGCCACAGCUGGACGACUUUCUGCGUGUGUGGCGCUUGGCCGCCAGGAGCAACGUCUCAAUGGCUGCAAUCUCCGGGGUGACGUUCUCAGAGGCCUUCCUCGCGCAGAAGCGGGCCAAGCCUGCCGAGGUGACCCGCUGGGCCGUGACGAAGUUGGUGCAGGUAAUGCGCGAGUUCAUCCGCCGCAAGAAGGUGGAGACAUUGCUCCGGGCCGAGAGCAUGACGGUCAUGAUCGAUGACAAGGAGUCGCACAGAGUGAUCCUGUAUCACUCCAACUUGUCGCACGAGCCAUACGGGAAGGGCCUGCUUCGAGCCUUCCGUCCUGGUGCCAAGGAGGUGGUGUCCUACGAGGAGGACUACUCCAUGCGCAUGGCCAAGUCCGUGGAGGAGUCCCUCUUGUUUCUCAGCACGCCAGUGCAUGGGGAGUGCAACCCCCACGUCUACGAGCACCUGCGCCAGAUCACGAGGUUCUACACCAGCGACGGGCUUCCUGCAGCCCUCAAGUGCGGAGAACUCCUCACGCAGAUGCUGCCAAAUCUGACACUGGUUCACCGAGACACAGCGCAUGCCGUGAGGCUGGUCGCCAAGCGUCCGCUGGCCGCGGAGUCGGCCUGGAACGACAUGCGGGAGGCUGCAUCAUGUGGGGAGUGGCAGAAGCCUCUAGAGGUGGCGCUGAAGCACCUCAGCUUCGCUCCCCAGCGCUGGGAUUCGGAAGCGUCGCCACUGCCUCGCUUUGCUGCCACCCUGGUCCCCAUUGCGUUGUUCCGGGCCAUCCAGAGCCAGGACCACGACCCAGCUCUGACCUGCAGACAGAAGGGGGAGUUUACCUCCAGGCUCUUGACCCUUUUCGUCAAGUGCCACAUUCUGGACGACCCAGGGGAGGGGGAGGCCACGACGCUGACAAGACUCAUCGUGCAGCAGGCCAUGCAAUGCCCUGGCAUACGGUUUGGGGAGAGCUUGCACUACCUGUGGCCCGGGUCCGCAAAACACACCUUUGACAGGUGCAUCCAGUCUCUGCACGCUGUCACGGACGUGGCCCUUCAGGAUCUGGACGCAGAGGUGAAUGGGUUUGUGCUGGACUUUUGUGUUUUCGAUUUGAAGUCCUUCCACCAAGCGAAGCAAAAGCCUGGGGAGUGGGAGACCUACAAACGCCUGACCGACUUGCGGAUUCGCCGCCUCGUGGAAUCAGGCCUGAAAAAGUCAGCCUAUACAAAGACUUUGCGCGAAUGGUGGUGCGCAGCCCAUUGCUUGCAGGAGGAGCUCGCCCCAAAGUUUGAUGCUGGGGAAGAGGUCGACAACCGAACGGAAUGGCGGAGAGUUUGGGAGGACAGCUUUGUCCAGAGAGCCACUUCCUGGAAGCGCUUCAAUGCACUGCCAUCAUUUGUGAAUUAUUAUCUGGGGUUUCGCGAUUCCAGCACGGGGGUCGAAAGAGCUUUGGCUGUGGUGGAGCGAUUGCGGCAGGCGCAUCUGGGGCCUUUGGGACUCACGCUGCACGACCUGGCUGAAAUUAUUUUGGAUGGGCCUCAAUCAGAGACCGAGCUGGCCACCCGCCUAGGUCAGGAUGGGGAGCACCCAGUCUUGCAGGCAACAGACAUGUGCGUGGAGAUGGUCAGCAUUUGGCGCUCGCUCUUCGGCGCUCGUUUUCGACUCUACAAGCCCAGGGCUGACGCAGGCCGUGCUCGUGGCAAACGUUCUGGCACAGACGCAGACAUCGUUCGACGAACCACUGCCGGGGCUAAUCUGCUUGUCUGCAACGCUGGCAGGGUGGGCGAGGGAAGUGUGACGAUCUUGGGCGUCAAGAGGAAAGAUCUCCCUCGGCAUGAGGAAGCCUAUCAGAAGAACCCACAGUUCAACCAAGACCUGGAAGACUUGUACAACAGCGCUGCAGAGAAGAAACAAAAAAAGCUGGACAUGCGCAACCAGCGACGAGAUCACCCGGAGACAUCUGUGUAUCGACCCGGUCCCCUUCGCAAGGCCACACUGCUUGCAGACGCAACGCCGGCGCCCAGAUCUGCAGCUUUCGACUACACGAGAAAGAGAGCCCCCAAGAUCGUGGAUCUUACCCUGACAGGCCCUUCUGUGCAGUGCGAGGCCGGAACAGUCAUGAGGCCGGGCAAUUCUCACAGCAUGGGGGACAUUCUGGCCUUUGUCCGGGGAUGCGAUUUGAUCGUCGUGUCCAGUUUCAAGCAUCUGCAGUGUUUGCCGAAGUUCAACGACAUCCUGCGUCUCGGGCCGCUCUUCCCGCUGGUGUACUUGGCAGCUGUCGGCUUGGGGAAGGACAUCAUCGAGAAAGAGACGUGGGGGAAGUCCGGCCCGGCCCAAUGCCAUGAGGCUGCUUUGAAGGAUGCGCUCACGAUCAAGUUCUCCAGUGCGUUCCGUGGGAAGCAUGCGGCCAGCUGUGACUUCAUACAGAAGCUCUGCGAGAUGCGGCAGAGCCAGUGGCGCAUUGCAGACCCCGACUCCGAGAACACAGAGUGUGUGGAUGUCGGGGACACGCGCCAGCUUUUCACCGUCGCGCAAAAGAUGCGGCGCUUAGUUCGUUGUACAGGGGUGGCGCAUCCAUCUUUGAAGAGAUGGGAAGGAAGUAAGCUGCUGGAUCCAUGCGUGCACAGCUCCGUUGCCAGGACGGGGCACGGCAGGGGAACACAUCUUGUUGCCUGCGUUAUAGAUUGGGUUGUGUGCGACAAGCAGACUUGGUUCGCAAACAUGUCGUUGGACACACGAACCACCGGCAAACAGACGCCAAAGGCGUCGGCGAAAGCGCCUGCGCCGGUGUCGCAAGGCCCGCCGUUCAAGCGGGGAAGCGAAGAGGCAUCAGCGAUCCCCACCGCCCCGCUGAAGGCACCGAGGUUGGACGACGCAUCCUCUGCGGUGCGCCCUGGGAACAAGUUGACCCCACCCCAGCUGCCGGACGACGACGACUGUGGGGACGGAUUUGAGGUGUUGCGGGAAGUCAUUCCUUAUGUGAGGGCUGCUUUGGGGAAGGUCCUGCAGGAGGAGGGGCUCGCAGAGCCGGGCUGCACAAGCCUUUCAGACUAUCUGCCUUUGGAUGUGAGAGACUCGUACAAAGAGGCAUGGGACUGUCAGAACGCGUUGAACUCACUGACAAAGAACGGCAUCUACGAAGCAGGGGCCGUCAUGACGUGGUUGAACCCAUUGGAGUCCCACAACCUGCCACUCGACCCUCCAAGCUUCAAGCAGAUCGUUCGAUCCGAGCAACGGCUGAUUCCCACCGUCACCAAGGGUCAGGAACGGAUUGUGUGGCCGGCAGCGUUGCACACGUAUGUCUUCCAUGAUCACAUCCCGCAGGGCUACCCCAAAAACAUGUUCUUGGCCUCGGGCCACGCGUUGGCAGCAGCUUGGUGGGUAGCUAUGUGCCGGUGCCUUCGGGAGGACAACAUGAGCGGGUUGAAGCUUCUGUGGCUGGCAGGGAGGUCUGUGACUUUCACUUGCUAUGUCAUCAAAGACCCGAAGGAGCUGGUGUUCCGGUCUUUGUAUGCUUCCGAGGAUUAUGCGGCGCUGGGGGAGCUGACGGACAGCUGGAUACACUGGUCCGGGAAGGUGAACGCAUUGUUGGCCGACAUGGCCGGAAAGAAGAACCAGGAGCAGGAAACCUGGCUCAAGGAGAAGAAGAUCGCCUUCAAAGGUGCCACGAUGUCCAAGGGUCUGUUGAACGCGGUACUUUCAAUGAAGCGCUUUCCGAAGGACUCAUUGGUGACCCUCAGGAAGAUCGAGAAGGAGUUUGGGGUGGAGGUUUUCAGUUCGGGCUACACGAAGUUGACCCGCAUGUCGCAGCUUGCGUCGAGCCAUCUCACCAAUGUGGCAGCAGCUGCUGUGGAGGAUGGCCUUGGAUUUGUGGUGGACCUGGCUUACAUGCAGCUGGUGACGAAAGCCACGGACCCGAGUUUCUACAGCAGCAAAAACUUGGAAGUCAAGGGCGACAACGCAGGGUGGUACCUCACCAGCCUCGGGAAGUACAACAUGAUUUCGCAGCUCUUGGUCAUCGCGAAUGGCAUGGGUGAUGCUGCGCGUCCAUUGUUUGAGUCCUUGGCAAAGAUUGCAAGACCCCUCGAGUUCUUGAAGAUGCAUCCGCCUGUCCAGGAGGACGCAGGGGAGGGGGACCAUGACGAUGGGGCGGACAAGGACACUGGCAAUGCAGAUGACAGUCUGGAGUGGCAGAAUCUGCAGGGGGCUCACAAGAGGGUUUACCAGCUUGCUCGCGACCUCUACUCCUCCGAGUAUGAUGCGGACCUGAUCAAGAUGGCCAAGAAGAAUGUGCUGGAGGUCUUGUCGGACACUGAGUCCAACUUGAGCGGGCUGAACUUGCACAAGGAGUGGUCGGGCGCGUUGAAGGAUCUGGAGCGAUCUGCCACAGUCGUCCCCACCACAGAGAGUGCUGCCCCCAGCCUCAGCGUGCGCCAGCUGGUCCGCAUGUCCAGCAUGGGGAGGACCUCUGGAAACAGUCGCAAGCGCAGAGGCGCAAACUGGUGA